CCACCCGGAGGUCCUCAAGGAAGCCGGUUUGGGGUCAUCCAUGCUUGUAUAACGCAUACAAGGGUAGUGUCAGUGCUAGCUUUGUCAAGUAAUGGUGGGUUCAAUGUCGCAAUCAACUCGAGAUGAAAAUCCACAAUGAGAAACCGCUCGUCAGCUGCCUUGAUUCGACAGGUCCUCGAUCCUACAGUGUAUUCUCUACUUGAAACGUCUUGGGCAAGCCCUGUACCUCCUGGUCGCUCCAUAGAAUGGAUUCUCGACCAUCUUUUGGUUCCUCCACCAAUCACAACGCUCCGAGUGAAUGCAGUGGAUGCCGAAAAAGUGGAAGAUGUCAUUGCUACAGCCACAAAACUCUUCUACCCGAGGGACGUGCAGCGCCACUCGCUCCUCGAUGACGUCCUGAUAGUUAACCACGACACGGUCAGUUCAUCUGAGGGGCUACCUUCCAGAACCAAACAGAGGGAGGAUCCGCGCGCAAAAGAAUGUUUUGUAAACAGCGACAGGGGAUGCUCUACAAAUUGCCAUGCUGCUACGUCCAUCAGCACGCGUACAAGAACAGUCGCUGCCGGCCAGGAGUCGCAGUUUCAACGAGAUAAUAAAGAUCACGACGAGGUAGUGUUACGAACUGACCAGAGGAAAGGAUUGAAAGAAAAUGGAGGUGGUCAACUCCCGGUGAUUCUUGUGGACAGGCGAUGUGGACAGGCCGUUCUACGAGGUGCGCAUGUCUUCUCAGGCGGCGUUCUGGCGUCAGAGCCGCACCUCAGAGUGGGGGAAAUGGUCGAGGUGUUUACGUUGCCGGGUCGCCUCCACAAAUCGAAGCUUGCAGUGGAAUGUGCUAAUGUCCAACGUAACCAGGAGAUGAGCUCGAUACAUUCUUCUGCCGUCGCCGCUCAGCCUAGCGAGCUACCUCUUCACGGCCAAAAGUCACAGGAGGCGGACGCUCACCACGCAUCAGAGGAUAUUCGCGCAGGUGGGGAAGAGCGUUCUACCAGUGCUGACAAAUCUGAUCCGGAGUCAAAUGGAGAGCUAAGAGGAGGUGAUUGUGACUGUGGUCGAUCAGAAGCCCAAAAUGAUGAGACGGAGCAGGAACAUCUAGCAUCCGUGCUCCGAGGGACUUAUCUGAGAGCAGCGCUCCCAGAACGCGUGAGGAAAACAGGGAUAUUUUGUGGAAGAGGCAUCAUACGUCAAAACCUAGGCCAGGUCUACGCAGGAAAGCCCGGGAUCGCCGUUGAGAUGGAAAGCGCUAUCGACCUAUCAACGCUUCCUGCAUGCCUCGUCGCGCAGAACCUUCCCUCCAUCGUGGUCGGCCAUGUGCUGAGUCCGCAACCUGGGGAAAGAGUAUUGGAUAUGUGCGCAGCUCCGGGAGGAAAGACCCUACAUUUGGCAACCCUGAUGAAGGGGCAUGGGCUGAUUGUUGCCGUGGAACGGUCCAAAACGCGGGCUGAAAAGCUUCGCAGUUUCCUGAGCACAUCGUCACAUGCAUCUAUCGUCGAAAUUGUGUGCGGCGACAGUGCCAAAGGGACAUGGCAAAGCACUCAACUAGGAAUGGGCAGCCACGGACGAGAUUUCAUAGGUUAUUUUGACCGGGUUCUAGCUGAUGUUCCGUGUACUGCCUUGGGCUUGAGGCCCCGCAUAGACUUUGAGGGCCUCACUGACCGCGUGGUCCUUGCAGCGGCCAAAUACCAGAGAGAGUUUCUCAAGUCAGGUUGUCAGCUGUUAAAAACGGGUGGCACUCUAGUGUACUCUACGUGUUCAGUUUCCAGAGCAGAAAAUGAGGAAAACGUGGCGUGGGCUCUUCGGCAUUUGCCUCUCAUGCUGGAACCCGCAGAGCCUUUUGUCGGCACUCACACGUUCGAAAAUGGUGACAGAGGUGCUCGCCUAUUUCCUCCCGGGGAGGCCGAGAAGCUACAGCGGUUCUGCCCGUCAGGAAAUACAAUUGGAUUUUUCAUUGCUAAGUUCCUGAAGACUGGGACGGGGUAAGCAUUAACAAAAAUCGGAUAGAGCACGCUCCACUUCACCCCAGUCUUGAGUAACGGGCUUGUUGACUGUCACUUUCACUUCCCGCAUGAAACGAAGUGAGGAUCGAGAAGCAAUAAAGGGAACUGCUAUUUUUGCAAGAAGUCCCCCUGGUGAUACCACCCACAGCCACAUGGGCUGGAACAUCAACUGUCAGAGGACCUAAAAUAAAGGACCCGUAAACUUUUCCAAGAUUGAUGCCUGCUCAUCUCGGGGACAGGCGCGCAGUCUGCUUCGAUGCAGCGCGAGGAAACGCGGAUGAAAAAGUAGCUGCGGCGUCCGCGCCUUCUACAAAUUAAGAUUACAGGCCUGUA